UGCUGCCUGCCGCAGUCAGUGCUCGGUCGCCGCGGAGGCCGCAUCGCCCCGCGUGUCUCAACAUCGCGUACGCUGGAUUGGUGCAGUGUUGAAAAACUUUUUGAGCAUUUUUCCCGUGCGUCACAGUCACAGUUGGAUUCAUGGAAGCCGUGGAUUCACGCGCUUACUAAUUUUAAAACAUUGUUAGUUAUUUUAUUACAGUUUGUUAUAUUUAUUAUUUAUGGUGGAAACUGAGGAUGAUGGAUGGCAAUGGAGCUCUCGGGUAGUUUGAGCGGAAAAGUGUGAUGCAUAGUGCGAGGAAAUAGUUUGCAGUGCUAUGAACGUUUAGACCAGACGCCAUGUCCCUAGUACUCGUGUUGGGGCUUUUUGUAGUGAUCGCAUCCGCCCACAACAUCACUCUGCUCGAGGUGCCCCAAUACGGGGACCCGCGUAAGGAGGCGCGCCUCGUCUGCCACUACGAGAGCGCGCGCGGGGACCCCCCGCUGCACUCCGUCAAGUGGUAUAGAGAGAACAACGAGAUCUUCAGGUUUACUCCGGGACAAGUCCCAUCAACCCGAACCUUCAACACGACCUCCGGUUCCGUAACCCCCGGCGCGUGCAACAUGCAGUCCUGCGCGGUGCGCGUGGCGCUGCCGCCGCGCUACAACACGCGCGUGGCCUACACGUGCGAGGUGUCCGCCGAGGGACCCCGGUUCGCUGUCGUCAAGCAGACCAAGAACUUGACUGUCGCUGUGGCCCUCCACCAAGACCCAGUAAUAGAGGGUGCCCCGGGCAGCGCGCAGCCGGGCGAGCAGCUGCAGCUGAACUGCUCCACCGCGCCGGCCGCGCCGCCCGCCAGCCUGCUGUGGUACAUCGACGGACAGCCCGAGAAGACGGAGUCAUGGCUCUACCACACCGAGGUAUCACCACCGAACGAGUUCGGUCUCCGAGCGAGCUGGCGGACGCUCCGGUUUCGCGUGCCUAGCGCGAACGCCCGCAGCCAGGUGUCUCUCCGCUGCGAGGCCACGCAGCCCACGCGGCCGCCGUAUUCCCGCGCUAGUGACGCCACCGUCGUCAUAGACAGGUCGCCGCAUCUGUCCAUGUUUACUGCUUCUGGGUCGAGUGAACCGACCUACAACGCACCAGCGAGGUUGCUGGCUACAGUCGGCGGGUUUCACCUACUAUAUAGACACAGUGCCUUCAGUGACCUAGGAACUAAGUGGUUCUAAGGACUCUUUGAUUGUAUACAGAUAUAGUGCUUGUGGUGUGUGCGUUUAGUGUCAUAACUUGCUGAAAUUCUCUGGAUUUAGAGACUAUUGGAGGCUAAGUUGAAACGGUUCAUCCAUAAACGAUUGACCCAUGAACUGUUAGCCCACAGGAUGUUUCGCCCACAAACUUCGAACGAUGAUUGUUUUAGUGAUACAAAAACUAAGAAGUUUGUGGAUCAAUCGAUUGUUGAUGAACCGAUACAGCAUGAUGGAUAAGCAAUUUUUUUAAAUUAUUAUAUACAGAUUUUUUUCCAGGUUUCUGUUAGGUAUUUUAGUAGCAUAUUAAAGAAAUUACAAGAAUAAAGGUUUUGUAUAGAUAAAAAUACAGAAGAAAUAUAAAUAAAAUGAAAAGAAAUGCCUAUUUUGUAGAUAGGUUGUUAUUUUCUCUAUAUUGUGAGUUUAAAUACGAAUAUAACUAGUACCUAUAUAAUGUGUAUUCUUAACAUUGAGCUUUGUAAAUAAACCCUAAACUGACACACACAUUACAAGCAAGGUUACCUAACAGAUAUUAUAUUGUAGUAAUAAAAACAAAAAAUACUCUAUAAAUAUUUAGGCAAGCACUGAAUUUCGAUGUUUUAGGUCACAUUAAAUUUGUAAUUAUUUACAUGUGUUGCGGACGAGGCUGUAAUAAAUAAAUAAAUUAAUGAACUCAAUGAAAAUCUGCGUGUAUAAAUUUAAAUAAUGAUUGUAAUAUUGUUGUUAUUAAGUACAUAAAUUAUGGUAAAUGUGUGGCAAUCGUGUCACGAUAUAUUUAAUGUUUUUUUUUUAUAAAACUGUAGCUUCUGUUUUUAAUAUAUUUUCAAAUAUUAUCAUUUUAAUCAGUGAUUCUGAAAAGAGCAAAUUGAUUGUAUUUUUAUUUCACUGUAUUUGUUUUAACAAAAAUGUUUAUAUAACGAAUAUUAUUCUUCUUAGAAUUAAUACUAACGCACUAACUUACCAAAAUCUUUCUUAGAUAAUAAUGUCAAUAGUUCUUGUAAUGUACACUAAAACAAUCAUCCUACCACAGUUUACCUUUUAUUAUUUGUACCAUGCCUUCAUUGGUCGCUCUCUUAAACUUCAGGCCAUAGAAAAGUAGCCAUGUAUUUUAUCUAUAUUUUUAUCAUUCCUUAUCAUGUCCCACACAAAUAUAUAUGUAGGUACGUAAAUACGUAUAUAGACACGCCAAACUCAUGAAGACUUGGUACUAGUUAAUACCUAAUUAAAAUUUUAAAAAAAACUCCGCAAAAUGGAGUGUAAACCUAAAAUUCAGCCUCAAUGUGUAGGUACCAAACGCUGCCAGCGAAGCGAAGCCUUUGUGUGUAUUUCCUGAAACAUCCUGAAACUGAUUGGGUGAGAUCGGAUUGCGGUGUCAACAUAAUUGUCACGUGUCAGUGCCCGGGACAUGAUAUAUUGUGCUUUGUUUUACUUAGAUAGGGAAGGAGAAGAAAAUGCAGUAUGUUUUUAUCGACUCUAGAUUGAAAAUUGUACUUUUUUUGUAUUAAAAUUACAUCAAACGUUAAGCAGGCCUGAAUUGCGCUUUCGGUGCCACAUUGAUUAUAAAGCUAUCUUCAAAUCUAUAGGCUGAAAUGGAAAAAAAUAUUGUGCCAAAUUUACCUCCAACAAAAACUAUUGUAAAUGUUAUUGGAUAUUACUUAAAUAAAUGUAGGUAGUAUGUGUCAGACUUAUGUGUACUAAAAUAAUAAUUUAUUCUAUUAACUUUAAGAGACUUUGCUCAAUUUCGAAACUUAAUAAUGUUUUUUGUUUUAAUAGGUUUGUAAAAUAUCAAUUUAAGAAUGAGUUCGAUUAAAUAAUACUUUGUAAAUAAACUAAACUAAAGGAUUGUUUUUAUAAAAAUAAAUAUAGUUAAAUUAAAAAAAGUCUGGGUAUAAUCAUCAUGUCAAGUUACGAGUGUAAAAAUCAGACUGUACCUACUAUCAAAAAAUAUUUAAAACAUAUUUUCCUAUAAUAUAGUGCAAGACUUUUAUCCUAAAUCUAAACAAUUCAGACAUGGGAAAUAUGAGAUAAUUUUGCACACUAGCAAUAGAUUCAAAAGCUGUAACAAUGAUGAUACAUUUGUAUAAAUUCAAUCAUCUUCAUUAUUAAGUUUUCGAACGUGAGCAAUAUUCGUAAAUUCGCAUAUUCUUUUCUAAAUGUGUCUCAAGUUAUUUUUUCAAAAAUAUUGUGAGCGUCCACUGUAAUAUUAUGGUCAAUUUGGAGCACUAUCAAAUGGUUCUGUGAUACAUGUGUUUAUUAGUUGAUACCUAAUUAAAUACGUAUAAUAAAUUUAUGGAAUGUCAUUCGAUGUAAUGAUCUUUAUGGCGAUAAAUAAACGGUAUUUAAAACAA